AUAAAAGUGAUAACAGCACUGUGCAUAUUCUUAUGAAAAUAAAUAAAAUUUAAUUUGGUAAAUUUUAUGUUCCAGGUUUUGUGAAAAACAGUAGCUUGUUAAAAAUGAAAACUAAUUUUGUUCCACGGGUGAAUCAGCUCGAUUCUAUUCAACUUGACAUCGAAAUAGUCAACAUACUAAGGAAUCAAGUCCACAGCGUUCUACGGAAUCUCCCGCCUGGCGUUCUAAGCCGCUUCCAGCCCGAAAUAAAUCUCCUAACAGACUCUACCUUAUGGGGCCUCUCGGUCCGGAAAUCGUUUGCCACGUUCGGCCAACAAAUGCUUUCCAUCACCUACGAACAGGACCAGCUCAGCGGGAAACUUAAAGCCCAUUACGCUUUAACCGUGGCAUUGGGUUACUUGAAAGAAUUGAUCCAGUUUCGAUUGACCGGUGUCACCUUCUUACAGCGAAUGAUAACGAUCGUAGAAAACUGUCUAACGUGUCUGAACUUCAUCAACUUCUUCCGGUUCCUCCGAACGGGUCGGAAGCCAUCACUUGUGGAUUAUGUUCUGCGGUUGGAACACCACUCGAUGGAUGGAGCCAAACGAAGGACUGUUGGGUAUUCGUAUAUGACGAGGGAGUUGAUAUGGUCCGGGUUCAUGGAACUGCUCGGAUUCACAAUACCGAUCGUUAAUUAUCAUGCUUUGAAGCGCCGGUUAAGGAACAUGUUGAAGCUGGAAAAUGCAGCGUGGAAAGCGGAUAAGAUUGUGCUUGAUACCGGAAGCAGAUGUGUUUAUUGCAACGAAAGGGUUACUCUACCUCAUCACAUGGGAUGUGGCCAUGUGUUCUGUUACUAUUGCCUGCAGGGAAAUCGACUGGCGGAUAGUGGAUUCCAAUGCAACGUUUGUGAUUUUAGAAGUGAAAUUUUUGAGCGGGUUGUAGCUGCUGCAUAGGUUUAAAAUAUUUUUUUGACGUAGAUUUAAGUCUUUCGGUAAGAUAGGGGGGUCAUUCGAAAGUUUCAAAUUUGGGACCGUCACGAAAAGAGGUCAGGAAGUACGAGCCAAUAACUCAGCCGUUUUUCAAAGGCUUCCGGAGAUUUGGAAAGAAUUAAUCAAAAAACUCUCCAAGAUUCUGUACACCUAUUGUAAACAAUUGAUUCAAUGCAUUUAAGUAUUGGAAAAUUCAAUUUCGUUGGCCAAUGUUGAAAUUGCUUUUUAACAGUAAAUUGACUACUUUCCGGCUAUUAGCCGUCCGGCAUGAACAUUGUUGAUGAUCAAAUUUGCGUUCAAUUUGCGAUCGUAUUUUUAAAACAAACCCUCUACUUUUUUCAAUAAGUGGUUAUUGGUGAUAAUAUCGACUAUUAAUAAAUUGUUAUUGAUUUUCAAAUAAA